AUGACGAGACAACAGCUUAAGAAUUCUGGCAAAAUCAUGAAAAAAUCGUGCAUGCCAAAGAAUGACGUCACUGAAGAGAAAGUCGGUAAAAUAGAACAGGGCGUAUUCAUAGCAGAACAUAACGUUAUGUGUUACAUAGCUUGUGUUUAUAAAUUAAUUCAAGUGGUAAAGAACGAAAGAUUAAACAAAGCGUCGAUUACUAAACAAAUAGAUAUUUUGUAUCCUCAAGAUCUCAAAGAGUCUGUGAAACGGAACGUCGCUAGUUGCGUGGAAAUUCAAUACAAAUAUGAGGAUCCCUGCGAGGGUAUAUUUUACUCUACAAAAUGUCUCUACGAAGCUGAUCCGCCGAAUUUUAUAUUCCCGUAA